GCAUGCCCGCUCCCGUGCUCGCCGCGCCGCCGCCGGGGCUUCCGCUGCGGGCCAGGGAAGAACCUCGCUCCCGCGCUGCCACCUGGAGAAGUGGCGGAUCGUGGAAGGGAAAGUGGCCUGUCCCCGGCGGGCGCAACGCCUGGGAGCUUUUGUUUGGGAAAGAAUGCUUAAGGGCUCUCUGUGCUCGGCGGCUCCCGGGCUGCGAAAUGCGAGCGUGGGCUCCCACGCGCGGGCUGCGCUCCGAGUCUCGUGCCAGGCCCAGUCUUCCCCACUCCCAAGUUGUGCAGUCGCAACAGGGAAGUGGUGUGGCCGCCAUUGUCGCAGCUGCUCCGGAAUAAGGAGGCGGCUGCGAAUGCUUAUUUAGUGACAACAGAGGUGUCACCAAAGAUUCUGAAGGGAGUGCCCUCCAAGCCCGCUGCAGGCCCAGGCUGCAUCUAGAACACAGGAAGGCCUAAAUGAAGAAUGGAGCAUCCUUAGAAGUCCCCUUACCAGCCUCCAUGUAGUACAGAUGAGAAAGCCUGCUGGUUCAGAGCUCUGUGGUUCCUAUUGGAGGUACUUGUUAGGGGUCCUUUGGUGGAGUCUUACGCCACGUCUUUGUGUAGGACAGGAUUCUAGCACAGCCACCUGCUUCUACAAACUUCCCUGUUUGUGGGAUUAGUGGUCACUAGAGGAUAUUUUUGUUCUUAGUAUAAUGGCCUGCAGGAUGUGGAGUCCUUUGACCCUUUUUAUAGGAAGGUAUAGAGGGGAAAAGUGUGGACUUUGCCACUGCCAUUUGGUGUACAGUUUGCAAUUGCACAAAGUAGCGUGUUUACUCCUUGCUUCCCCUUCUAACUGUUGCGAAUGUGUGCUCCUACAGCCUCUGCUAUAUUUAGAGAAAUGUGCAUCUAGACGUUUCUAGGUCCUGAAGAGAAAUGUGGAGAACUAGGUACCCAACAGGACGUGGUGGGGGUAAGGACACAUACUGAUGUCACCUGCCAUACUUCUAGUCCUUAUGUAGAACCAGGCUGGAUUACUGCUAGCCCCUGGCUUCUACCCAGAAAAAUGGGUUUGUAUGCAAGAGAUGGGACAAUAAAGGGGUCUGUGAUUUUGUUCUUUAUUCUUGUAAACACUUGGUUUAGAAUUUGAGAUAGGGAAAAAUCUUAUUUAGUCUUUUAUCUUUUUUCUGAUAGAUCUGGCUUGCCCCUGAUCAGACUUACUCUGAUCUGAAGAUUUUGGAGUUUAAGGCAUUAAGAAAAUAGCCUGAAUUGUUCAUGGAGUUUUUCAUCAGUAUGUCUGAAACCAUAAAAUAUAAUGACGACGAUCAUAAAACACUGUUUCUGAAAACGCUGAAUGAGCAGCGCCUGGAAGGAGAAUUCUGCGAUAUUGCGAUUGUGGUUGAAGAUGUGAAGUUCCGAGCCCAUCGCUGUGUUCUCGCUGCCUGCAGCACCUACUUCAAGAAGCUCUUCAAGAAGCUCGAAGUGGACAGUUCUUCCGUCAUAGAGAUAGAUUUCCUCCGCUCUGAUAUCUUUGAAGAGGUCCUGAACUACAUGUACACAGCGAAGAUUUCCGUGAAAAAGGAGGAUGUUAACUUGAUGAUGUCGUCGGGUCAGAUUCUUGGUAUCCGGUUUUUGGAUAAACUCUGUUCUCAGAAGCGUGACGUGUCUAGUCCUGAUGAGAGCAAUGGCCAGUCAAAGAGUAAGUACUGCCUCAAGUUAAACCGCCCCAUCGGAGAUGCCGCUGACACCCAGGAUGACGAUGUCGAGGAAAUCGGGGACCAGGAUGACAGUCCCUCCGACGACACGGUAGAAGGCACUCCCCCGAGUCAGGAGGACGGCAAGUCCCCUACUACUACUCUCAGGGUUCAGGAGGCGAUUUUAAAGGAACUGGGCAGUGAGGAAGUCCGAAAAGUGAACUGUUAUGGCCAGGAAGUAGAAUCCAUGGAGACUCCGGAGUCCAAAGAUCUGGGGUCUCAGACCCCGCAAGCCUUAACGUUUAAUGACGGGAUGGGUGAAGUGAAAGACGAACAGACUCCAGGCUGGACAACGGCUGCCAGUGACAUGAAGUUUGAGUAUUUGCUCUAUGGUCACCAUCGGGAGCAGAUAGCCUGCCAAGCGUGUGGUAAGACGUUUUCCGACGAAGGCAGGUUAAGGAAGCAUGAGAAGCUCCACACAGCAGACAGGCCGUUUGUUUGUGAAAUGUGUACAAAAGGUUUCACCACCCAGGCCCACCUGAAGGAACACCUGAAAAUUCACACAGGGUACAAGCCCUACAGCUGUGAGGUGUGUGGGAAGUCGUUUAUCCGCGCCCCAGACCUAAAGAAGCAUGAGCGGGUUCACAGCAACGAAAGACCAUUUGCAUGUCACAUGUGUGACAAAGCCUUCAAACACAAGUCUCACCUCAAGGACCACGAAAGGAGACACCGAGGGGAGAAGCCUUUCGUAUGUGGCUCCUGCACCAAGGCGUUUGCCAAGGCCUCAGAUCUGAAGAGGCACGAGAACAAUAUGCACAGUGAAAGGAAACAGGUCACCCCCAGUGCCAUCCAGAGUGAGACGGAACAGUUGCAGGCCGCGGCGAUGGCUGCCGAGGCCGAGCAGCAGCUGGAGACCAUUGCCUGCAGCUAGAGGUGAUGGGUCAGGAACACGUGGCCUGGGAGGUCGAUGCUGAGGUUGCAUUGAUCACAGUCAGUGAACACCUUUGACUGCUUUUGUGGCAACUUAGAGUGUUGUACUGGCUGAACCUAAGACAGUGCUUGUUCCAGUUAGGUAAUUCUCAGAUUCCUCAAGGCAGUUACGUUCCUACGUUCUGACCAAACCGUUUUUUUAUUUUGUUUUUUGUGAUGUCUAGUGUUGAUGUUCCUGGUAAGCUCCCCUGCCCCUCUUUAUGGUUUUAAUUUGAAAACUCCUUUGUCCGGUUUAAAGUGAGCGGCUUCUGUCCGUUCUUAAUUCCUCUACGCUUGCCAGGCUGGUGAGUGCGCUGCAGAGUAAUUGAAUAAAUUGAUCUCCCAACCAUCCCAAUAUAUGUGACUUACGGUCAAAACAGCAGUUUUAUUAUCUGGAUACAAGAACUUCAUAUCGGUGCAGAAAACGUUGGCACAUGCUGACCCAGGACACUGUAUAAAUACAAAACCAAGUUUGGAAAUACGGAAUGGUGUUAGUUUUAUAUUUGGUUUGUUGAUUUUUAAAUCUCUCUAUAUAUCAUUGUUUUUACCAUUUCUGUGGACAGUAAAUGGUUGCUUUGCUGAAGUGUUUCUUCCUCCAUUGUGAUGGCCCCUGUCCCCACCCCAAAUGCUGCAGGUCAUGUGGACCUCAGGGUGAGUGAGACCACCAGGAUGCUGGUAGUGCUGGAACCGAGUUCCUCUUUUGUCCAGUGUGGCCACUCUUCCUGCGGGUGUCUGGAGUGAACCGGUAGUGAGAGAAGGAGAGAAGUCUCCGAGACAAGGUUUUCACAGAUACAAAAACCCUAAGAUUCCCUAGGUCUUCAAAAUCCUGACUGAUUUCAAAAUUGGUUUUGUAUUUAAGAUGAAAAUUAGGACAAGAAACAGACAUGCUUCUUGGUGUUUUAGUAGUUUACGGAUGAUCAAGCUUUUGGGGUUCUCUGCAGCUCUCAGUUUCUCAUAAAGAAGAUGCUUAAAUAAUUUCAAAUCUUUCAAAUGUGUAAAUAGUAGUGUUGGUCCUACGUAUUUCAAGGGAAAGGACAGCUGCACUUUUUUAAUUUUUUUGCACAUUGGAUUAAAGUACCAAACAUCAGACUGUCUUAACCAAUAUUAAAGAUCUUCAGACCGAUCAUUUGUUUUCCAAGUAUGUUUUGUCACUGGCUGCGGUUUUCAAUAGAAGCUGACUGCCUUUUCAUAGCCAUAAAUCAGAAUUAUGAACUUUGAGAUCCGGCAUACUAAAAGUGCUUUUAACUGUUUCCUUAGGAGUGUAUUGAAAUGCCAACAGAGUUUGAAUUAUGUUCUGUAAGAAAGUACUAGACCAUUGUUUUAGGAUGUGUACAGUUGUAGAAAGUAAGUGCCAACUUUUAAAGUUCAUGUUUGGUUCUUAAGAUUUUCAUUUUUAAAAAAUACAUUAAAAUAAUUUCAUUACAUGGCCUGCUGUAUGAUCACCUGUUAUGACUAUUGUGAGAAAAAUUUUAUUUUCAAAAUUGGUGUACGUGUUAUGCCCAAGAGUGUUGGGUGGGGAUGCUACCUUUCAAAAUUUCCUAUUUAUUGGUAAAAUGUUUUGGUUUAAAAUUAACUUAAUUUUCCCUGAAAGCUCUUUGUUCUGUAUUGAAGGCAGUCCUGUCAGUGUGCUUCUGUGCUGUUAGGGAGGGGACCGACCGCUGUUCCCAGGCCGUGCUGACCAAAGCAAACGUGAAGUCAGCUGACAUCCUGUUGAUAGCUACUUCAACAAACCGUAUUUUGGGCCUUUGUUUUUGUAUAUAAAGAAAAUAAUAUACUUGU